AUGACCGUCACACACGACCUGGCCCGUCGCGGGUCUACCCAGCUCGUCAAUGGGCUGGCUCUCGAAGACAGGUUCGAGAUCCUUAAGGAGGUUGGCGAUGGCAGCUUUGGUAGCGUUGUGCUCGCAAGAGUACGGAGCGCCGGCGCGAAUAUUGCUCGCCGCGGCACAGUGAUCGCUAUCAAGUCGAUGAAGAAGACGUUCGAGAACUUCUCUCAAUGUCUCGAACUCCGGGAAGUCGUUUUCCUCAAGACAAUACCGCCCCAUCCUCACCUGGUGCCGGCACUGGACAUUUUUCUCGAUCCAUUCACCAAGAAGCUGCACAUUUGCAUGGAGUAUAUGGAGGGUAACCUCUAUCAACUGAUGAAGGCGAGGGAUCACAAGUACUUCGACAAUGCCAGCGUCAAGAGCAUCCUGUAUCAGAUCAUGCAGGGCCUUGAGCACAUCCACGCUCACAAUUUCUUCCACAGAGACAUCAAACCAGAGAACAUUCUGGUCUCAACAUCAUCCCAUUCCGACUACUCGAACUCCUUCCGCCGAUAUUCCGCUCUUGUCACGCCCCCAUCAACUCCCCCGACUUACACUGUCAAGAUUGCCGACUUCGGUCUCGCCCGCGAAACGCACUCGAAGCUCCCCUACACGACGUAUGUGUCGACGAGGUGGUACAGAGCUCCUGAAGUGCUGUUGAGGGCAGGCGAGUACUCGGCUCCUGUCGACAUCUGGGCCGUCGGUGCCAUGGCUGUCGAGGUGGCUACCCUGAAGCCGCUCUUCCCUGGUGGUAAUGAGGUCGACCAGGUCUGGAGGGUAUGCGAGAUUAUGGGUAGUCCCGGCAACUGGUACAACAAGGACCGCGUUCGGGUCGGCGGUGGUGAAUGGAGAGAAGGGACCCGCCUUGCCAGCAAGCUCGGCUUCUCGUUUCCCAAGAUGGCACCGCACUCGAUGGAUACCAUCCUGCAGGCUCCGCAAUGGCCGGCUUCGCUCUGCGAUUUCGUGACCUGGUGUUUGAUGUGGGACCCCAAGAAUCGUCCGACUUCCUCGCAGGCCCUCGCUCACGAGUACUUCGCCGACGCCGUCGAUCCCCUACGGCCAAAGUCGUCGACUUCAAAGCUCCUCGGGCGGAAGCAGUCCGAUGUUGCCAAAGACAAGAGCUCGGCCUCGUCUCAAACCAUUUCCUCGAAGCCGUCAUGGUUCCGCAAGUCGCUCAUCGGCGGUCGUUCCGAGAGCUCAGAGACCCUGUCGGCUGCUCCUCCACCGCCGGCCAAGGAUGUUCCUCCACAGGUACCCUCUGUGCCGACCGAAGCCUCCUCGUUGAAGCCGAAGGCGUCCGUCGCCAAGAGGGCCACAUGGAACAACGGUCCCUCAAGCAUUGCUCCGAUGCCCAUCCUCCCUACUAUCCGCCCCAUCUCCCCUCUAUCCGAUGCUGUCAAUGCCCAGGCCAGCAGUCGGACGCCCUCAUACAGCGAGGCAUACCACAAGAUGUUGCAAGCUGAUGACAAGGGAUCCAAGAAGAUUGGACGUCAGCUAUCACUAGGCUCAACCGGAAACCACUAUCUCGACGACCCGAGGAAACAAGCCGAGCGAGCACUCAACGGCUACGGCAAUUCGGGUCUCAUCUCGCCAACCAACACCGGCCACAAGGAGAGCUUCUUCUCGCACCUGCGUAAGCGGGCGCGUCGCUUCUCCGGCCGUCACCAAGCGCCCGUAUCCCCCAGCUAUGAAGACCUUGAAGCUCAAGCUGGGUGCACCCCCUGGGGCGGUAGCAACCGCUCGUCGAUGGUGAUUGACAGCCCGCCGCCUGCCCCGAUCCCUAAAGACACCUUCGAGUCGCUCGAUAAGACCCUCCACGAACGCCCUUCCAUCGCCGAGGUCCCUCCUAUUCCGCCUGCUCACCAGGUCAACCCCAGCGGGGGCCUCAAGCGCCAUCACUCGCUGCCUCACCACCAGCCAAGGUCGGUUGAUAACCUGCUCGGUAUGUCAGCUGCCUCGGGUCUUGGAAGGACAUCGACUGUGUCGAACCGAACCCGUCGUAAUGCUGCUGGCGCGCACGGCCUCGGCCUGAGCCAGUACGAUACCCCUGACGAGGAGGCAGAGCUGCUCGACGAAGUGCUGCACUCCACGCACAACGCUAUCAAACGACUGGAGCGGGAGGAGAGGCUGCAGCGCGAGCAACAGCUCCAACAACAGCAACAUCAAAAACAGUCCUCGCCGACCAUGAAUAAUCCAUACCCGACGCCAUCGCACUCCGCCAGCGGGAACGUGAUGCUCUGCGGCGGGUCCGGCGAGGCGGUGACGCCCAAGCCAUUGCUUGACUUUAGCAGCAGCAAGAAGGGCGCCGAAUAUAAGUGGCCUACGCCGCCGUACGAUGAGAGUGAUUGGGCGGCGCAGGCAAGUGCGAGUAUCUGGGCUGCGGGGAGCCGUUUUUAA